CAGUACUAAUAGUAAUCGCUGUUUUUAGCAGUGUCAACUUUCACGUCCUGGCCACCUGUCUGCACAUACUGAUAUUCAAGAGCAGUAACACUGCCAUCGCCGUUCCGACCACCAGAACGCUUUCAAGUUUAAUCAGUUUUAGUCAGGCUUUGGGUUUUAAUUGUCUCUCUUAUUGUUUGUUGAAUUCGAAUGUUGCUGUGGUGUUUUAUUGCUCCUUCUCACUUUGGCUGUCGCUAAACACAAGGUGCUAGCAGAUUCUUUUUCCAUAUCGUCCAUCAUGUGCUCGGUCGGGCUGACGUUCUGGGACGUGGCGACGUUUGGGUUCUACACUCAGCUAUUUGGACUGGGAUUUGCAUUCGGUUUUCGAAGUCACAGUCAGUCCAGAAAGCGCGCACUGCCGGAUAAAACCGCUGUUGCCCGCUUACCACGAGAGCUUUUAUCCAUCGUCUUCGAUCACCUGAACAUCGUCGAACGCCGGACCAUGGCCCGUGUCUGCAUGGGAUGGAGGCUCCUGAUCUGUCAGCCCGUGGAUGCCACAGCCUGGCACCUCCGCUGGAAACAUGUACGGCGCAUGCACUGCACUUCCACCCGCGGCUUCAAGAUCAGCUUCUUGAGGGGUGCAUAUAGCAGCUACGAGAUUAUGGAAGAAGUUGUACCCCAGCCGAACGAUGACGACUGGCCGGAUUCCGUUAAUUGGCUGAAACGCAUCGCCGUCAACAGCCGUCGCCGUUCGACGCUGCUCAUUUGUGCAGCUAAAUGGCACGCCAACUUCGUGACUGCCAAAAGGGUGGCCGGGUUGGGGCGUGGUCAACGAUACGAACUGCUUCUUCGACCUGAUCGCGGCCGUGUGUCCGUCGGUGGAGCUGCGGAAUAUCCGCUUGGCGCUGACAUAUCCGGUGACGUCGACGCAGACCUUCACGGUGGUGGCGCAUGUGGUCUCGGGACGCUUUCAUAUUAAGCAACGUUUUGC